GAGCCGAGUUCCUUCCGGAAGUGGCCGAUCGGUGAGGUCUUGCUCCCCGACCUGAGCCGAACGCCGGGCCUUGUUCUCCGGAUCGGCCGAAGGUGUUCCGGAAGGAGGCGAACCCCGGCGCGGGCACGGUAAAUCUUUCCCCGGGCUGGCGGAGCACCACGUCUGCUGGGACGCGGAGAGGACGCGAGCAGCCGGAACCUGACUCCGGUCCGGCAGAAAGCGAGCUCAUUCCGGAAGACGCCAAGCAGACCAGGUGCCGGCCUCCGCGUCCCGGGCGUGAGGCUGUAGCGGCGGCGACCGUGCUGGCCGCGAUGAACCGCGACGGCUGAGCGAGUGAGGGUGCCUGCUGCGCGGGCCCCGUCGACACUUCCGCCAAGAGCCAGCCCCGCGCUGGGGGCCUCGCCUGGAGCCGAGCUUUGCCCCCGCGAGCCUCCCGCACCUCUUUGUGCGGCCGGAGGCGGCGGCGGGAACGGCCAUGGCGGCCAACAUGUACCGGGUGGGAGAUUACGUCUAUUUUGAGAACUCCUCCAGCAAUCCUUACCUGGUUAGACGGAUUGAGGAGCUCAACAAGACUGCAAAUGGAAACGUGGAAGCAAAAGUUGUCUGUCUUUUCCGGCGAAGGGAUAUUUCUAGUAGCCUCAACAGCCUAGCAGAUAGCAAUGCUAGGGAGUUUGAAGAGGAAUCAAAGCAGCCAGGGGUGUCUGAACAGCAGAGACAUCAACUGAAGCACCGGGAGCUUUUUCUUUCUCGGCAGUUUGAAUCUUUACCAGCUACCCACAUAAGGGGGAAAUGCAGUGUGACACUCUUGAAUGAGACAGAUAUCUUGAGCCAAUACCUGGAAAAGGAGGACUGCUUUUUUUACUCACUGGUAUUUGACCCUGUGCAGAAGACACUUCUAGCUGAUCAAGGGGAGAUCAGAGUUGGUUGCAAAUACCAAGCUGAGAUCCCAGAUCGCCUGGCAGAAGGAGAAUCGGAUAAUCGAAACCAACAGAAAAUGGAAAUGAAAGUCUGGGACCCAGAUAACCCUCUCACAGACCGGCAGAUUGAUCAGUUUCUCGUGGUGGCUCGAGCCGUGGGAACCUUCGCAAGAGCCCUAGAUUGCAGCAGCUCCAUUCGGCAGCCAAGCCUGCACAUGAGUGCAGCUGCUGCAUCCCGAGAUAUUACUCUGUUUCAUGCCAUGGACACAUUGCAGAGGAAUGGCUAUGACCUGGCUAAGGCCAUGUCAACCCUGGUGCCCCAGGGCGGCCCCGUACUGUGUCGGGAUGAGAUGGAGGAGUGGUCUGCUUCUGAGGCCAUGCUAUUUGAAGAGGCCUUGGAGAAGUACGGGAAGGAUUUCAAUGACAUCCGCCAGGAUUUUCUACCCUGGAAGUCACUUGCAAGCAUAGUCCAGUUUUAUUACAUGUGGAAAACCACAGACCGGUAUAUUCAGCAGAAAAGACUGAAAGCUGCUGAAGCAGACAGCAAGCUGAAACAGGUCUAUAUCCCCACCUACACUAAGCCAAACCCUAACCAGAUCAUUUCUGUGGGUUCAAAACCUGGCAUGAAUGGGGCUGGAUUCCAGAAGGGCCUGACUUGUGAGAGCUGCCACACCACACAGUCUGCCCAGUGGUAUGCCUGGGGGCCACCCAACAUGCAGUGCCGACUUUGUGCUUCUUGUUGGAUCUACUGGAAGAAGUAUGGGGGACUGAAGACCCCUACCCAGCUUGAAGGGGCCGCUCGGGGCACCACAGAGCCACACUCAAGAGGCCAUUUAUCUAGACCUGAAGCCCAAAGCCUCUCCCCGUAUACAACCAGCGCCAACCGGGCCAAGCUGCUGGCUAAGAACAGGCAAACUUUUCUGCUCCAGACCACGAAGCUGACCCGUCUUGCUAGACGGAUGUGCAGGGACCUGUUGCAACCAAGGAGGGCUGCCCGACGACCCUAUGCCCCUAUCAAUGCCAAUGCCAUCAAGGCAGAGUGCUCUAUUCGACUUCCUAAGGCUGCCAAGACGCCUCUGAAAAUUCACCCUUUGGUGCGGCUGCCCUUGGCAACUAUCGUCAAAGAUCUGGUGGCCCAGGCACCUCUGAAACCAAAAACACCUCGGGGCACCAAGACACCAAUCAACAGAAACCAACUGACUCAGAACCGAGGCUUGGGAGGCAUUAUGGUGAAACGUGCCUAUGAGACUAUGGCAGGGGCAGGGGUUCCCUUCUCUGCCAAUGGAAGGCCUCUGGCCUCAGGCAUUCGUACAAGCUCACAGCCAGCAGCCAAGCGGCAGAAGUUAAACCCAGCUGAUGCCCCCAAUCCUGUGGUAUUUGUGGCCACAAAAGAUACCAGGGCUUUAAGGAAGGCGCUAACUCAUCUGGAAAUGCGACGAGCUGCCCGCCGGCCCAACUUGCCUCUGAAGGUGAAGCCAACACUGAUUGCAGUGCGGCCCCCAGUCCCUCUACCUGCACCCUCACAUCCUGCCAGCACCAAUGAACCCAUUGUUCUGGAGGAUUGAGCAUCUUUGGGGAAAGGAGAUGGGAUGAGAGGUAGAGGGUAGGUGCCUAGGGUACCCAAACCUCUGUUCCCUCCCCCUUGGUAUCAAAGGGAAUAGGAGUGAGGGAGGGCUGGAGCUAGUGUGUGUCCCUGGAGGGGUUGGGUACCCUCUGGUGUUACUGACUCAGAGAUUUGGUCCCUUUCUAGGCUUCUCCCUGCUUGUGAUGGAGGGCAGCCUAUAGGACCUGGGCCCAUGUGUAUACCUAGCCUGUUUGGGGGCUAGGAACCAUGGCUGGUUUGGACAGUUUUUUUGGGGGGGGGAGGGUUUUUUUAAUUUUUUAAAAAUUUUGCCUCCCUUUGUGAAAGGGAUGGGGAAGGGGAAGAGUAAACAGAUAUCAGGUGGUGGUACCUGGCUGGGGAGGGGGUGGGGCGUGCACUGCCUUGUCUUUUUUUUUCUUUUUUUUUCUAAUUGGGGGUUUCUUUUACUGUCCGGUGUCCGGACUGUCCUAAUUGGAGUUUGAGGCCCCAAGCUGGCAUCAACCCAGCCCAUGCUCACUCUUUUCUUGCUUCCCCUCCCCCCUCUGCCUUUUGUAUGCCAAUUCUCAGAAAUAAAGAUCUUUUGUCCAUUUUUUAAUCAUGGAUUCUGUAAUUGGUUCUUACAGUAACGAAUAAAAAGCUGUUUUCUUCAGCUCC